AUGCCUAAAGCAAAUUCGAUUGAAGAAGGCGCUGAUGCUUUAUCUAUUCUGAAAAAUAAAAGUCUUUUAUUCACUAGAGAGUUGUCGCAAGAGAUUGAUGUCGUAAACAAAUCAAGAUGGGAAAAGUUCUUGGAGGUUGUCUGGGAUGGGCCCAAGACUGAUAAGGAAAGAAAAUAUAUCAGAAAGUUGGACAUUUUCCUCUUGACUUGGGGAUGGUAUGUUGAAAUCGUGAAACCUGCAAUAGAAAAUUUAUAUUUAUGCGCGAAUACUAACAUUAUGCAGUUAUGGAUAUUUCGUCAAGUUGCUUGA